AUGUCCACUUCGACGACCUUGCGCUCGCGAUCCGACCUGAACCACCCAUUGUCUGUGACGCUUUGCAUGUCGACGCGAGCAGCCAUAAGUCUACCUCUGUUCAUGUUGACAGCUUCGCGUACGGGAGCACUGUGACUGACUCCCACUUGCUCGGCCAGCGAUCAUCCACCCAUCGGCAUUCGAUUCAUCCGCAGACCGAUCCGCGCGGUGUCGGUCUUCAUACGGUGCGGUACUCGCCACCUCGCGAAUCUGCGAGCUCCCGGUGCGCAUUGUCGAACGAGAAGCUGCCAGGGGCGUCUGUUGCAGCCAAGCUUGUGCGCGGCUCCGCUUCAGCUGCGUCAGUUGCAGCGUUCGAUCACCAUCAGUCAUUUGUUUGAGCAUGUGAGUAGUCAAAAAGUGCCCAAGUGCUUCGACCGCGUUCCUGAACGGCGCUAGUACAACACGCGCGCAACCCAACGCCUCUCGAGUGAGACUGACUGUUCCAGUGGUUACACUGUGACUUGCUCAGACGCUGCAGGCCAUCAGCUUCUGCGCCGCGACCUUCGCGUCGCUAUAGGCAGACGCGCAAAUCCCUUUGCCUGUUCAGCAGGCGACAAGAGAAGCCACGCACAACUCUUGUUAUUCAGAAAGCGCGCUCUGCUCGUCGCAUUUGCCUGCACAGCAACUCCUCGGCCAUACUCAGUGCCCACGAACAAGUCAAGGUUGAGCAGUAAGCAGGCAGUCGCAGAUCACGCGCGCAGGUGUGAUUUCAUGCGGACGCGGCCAGUCAGAGACUGCUGCUGCACCCACGGACUACAAGCUCGCAACGCAACGGCUGCCCUUGCUUUGCAUGAGACGAGAGCGCGCGCACGCAUUAAUUGGUGUCUCCGAUCGCCUUGCUUUUGCUCCUGCCGCCGCCGCUGCUGCUGGUCCGCUGCAACCUCAGCUGAUCGGCCGAACAAGCACAUUUAGCCGCACGCACUUCUGACUUUGGGCAGCCAGAUAGAUCCACAGCAAUUGGCAAAUACAACCAGAAGAGAUCGACAGCGCGUUGUUUGUUGCGCGCAGCAAUUACUCACGCGGCAUUCGUGAUUUCAGUGUGAGAUGCCACUCUUCCAAUACAAUCACACCUCCCCUUCUUGGUCUUCUUCCCACCGGCCAACGGAGCCUUCAGCGUUGUCAGCAGCGGCGCUGCGAUUGCACACGCGAGGUCCGGUGCGCCACGGCCCUUUACUGCCUCGCACAGACUCCUCCUCCUCUUCCUCCACUCACAGAUCGCCCACGACUACUUCUCUACCUGGUGCUGCUGGCGUUUCUCGGCGAACUUCUUCAUCUUCAUCCUCUUUCACCAGCACGUCGUCCCUCUUCGAUCGCCAAAGUCCAGAUCGAGAAGGCCAGCGGCACAAUCUGGUUCGAGCCAGGUCGCAGACUCUCGAGAGCGCUGGUACCGCAGUGAUCACCGAGUCGCCGGCCUCUUCCGCAUCGCCUGCCUUCUUUGAGCAUCAGGAGGGUGCUCGAACAGUACAGUGUAUUGGUCAUCUCCCCGGUCAGGCGCCGAGCGACGAGGGCGCGCCCCCGACGGCUUCCUCGACAACUUCAUCGGCCAACACCCUCAGCCACGAGCAGUGCGCAUCGGCGUCUUCACACCCGCCAGGAGCUAGGCCGUUUCCUGGUCUACAUGGACGCUCACUCUCGGAUACUGUCCAGCGCACUCAGGCAGCGCCCAUCGUCCUCGGCACCACCAAUCAGAUCUCGCCAAGGCGUAGAGCGUCAGCGUCUUUCCUCGUUCUAUCGCCCGUCCAAAUAGACAUCGACGAACCACUCUUUGCAGCUGUUCUACCUUACCUCUCGACUGAAGAGCUGGAAGCACACAGCGAGUCUGCAUAUCAGGGCGGGAAAGAAUUUGUCACCGUCAGCGGAGGCGCAUUCCACGAGGACAAACACUCCGAGAAUCCGAGCGAUUCCUCGACUGCCGAGAAGUGGCCCUCGUCUCUCAAGUCGCGUCGCGUCAGACCUCCUCCUAUUGUCAUCCCCCAACGAACGUCAAGCCAGAUCUCGCGACUCGGAGUGGUGGAUAGAGGCGCCGACACGGCAAAGCAAGGGCUUGGUGAAGGUAGAAGCUCAAGGAGGCCGUCCAUCAGAGGUCGUCCGCCCGCGGCGCCUUCGCAGGCUCUGGCUCGAAGCCUUCGCAGAGCAGCAUCCCAGAGCGCGCUGCCAUCGGCCUGUGCAACCAUGGCUGCCGACGGAUCUUCAGGAUCCAGCUCUGGUGCUGGACUUGGCAUAGGAAUGAGUCGAGCUGGGGGUAAUGCGAGCUCAUCAAGUCUUACCGUCGGCGGAAGCAGUCACGAUUCUUGGAGACGGCCCUCCAUGGUCAGCAGCGGCUCGAGGGGGUGGGACAGUGAGGGUGAUGAGGAGGACUUUGAGGAGAUCUUGGCCACGCCUGGAGUGUCGGCCGGCAUUCCCGUUGGUAGGGCUGGAUCUGCAGCGCUCGCCCGCAAAUCCUCUGCCAGCAGCAUCGCGAGCAGCGCCAGUGGCCUCAGCUCCUCGACCUCGCAUGGCAUCCAGAGCCGUGCAUGCCGCAGAGUUCCAGCAGCUCUCGACAUCAGUGAGAGUCACUUGGUCAGUCCCUCCCUGCAGAAUUCUCCUCGCUCUCGAAGUGGUUUCAGUUCAAAUAGCGGAGACGACUUGCCUGGCGCAAAGGCCCGCAAACUGCUUGGCAUCAAGUCGAGCAGCGGAUUCGAUGUCAGUCCAAAUGCCGACUCUUUCAAUGAAGGCUAUGCGUCUAGCUCGAGCAAGGGCUCCUCACGGCUGGGCCUUAAAGCUGCUUUUAAAUCGAAGCGCUCUAGCAAGGCUGCGCUUUCAUCCACCUCGCGCAUGUUCGGCCGUCAUUCCGGCCAGGCCAGCGCUGAUGGAACAGGGCCUCCUUCCACGCAGAACGCGUUGACGUCUCCAGGUUCAGAUGCAAGCUUUGCGCAACGCCAGCGCGACUCGAGCGAGAAUAAUAGCCUCAGCCCUUCAUACUCUCAGGAAAGCGCUUUUUCAACCUCAUCCUACCCAGCUUCGCCAUCCAUGGCGUCUGCGUACUCGGGUCAUUCCUCCACUGGAGUGCCCUCACCUGCGCCCGCCUCCGCUACAAGAGCAUCCUUUGCGCUGGGCCGAAGAGAGCGCAAGGUGCGUCACAAGCUUGCAAAGGACGUGCUCAGAGAGAUCGAACGCCCUGCCACUUCGUCCAGCAGCAGAGCUGUGAGCGCAAUCGACGAAGCCCUGUGGGAGCGUGAGCUUGCUGCAGCAGAGUCUAAUGCGUCGUGGCAGACGUCGAUUGAGCAUCGACCAAGGAGGCCGCCCAUGACAAAUCGGGGCUCCACGCAGUCCUCGCAAAGCUUGGGUAUGCUUGCGUCGGGCUCAAUAAGCUCGACGGAUAGGGCUGUCAAUCCUCUUCAGCAUGCGCUACGCCGCCCGGAAGAUGACUCUGACGACGAGCGGUGGAUGACACGCGGUUCGCGAGAGCGACAGCUGAGUUCGAGCAGCGCCGGCAGCAUCACGGGUGGCAGGCCAGUGUUCGAUCGACAGCGGCGGCCAUCUUUCGAUCCAAAUCCCUUGCCGCUCUCCAUGUCGCGGUCAUCGUCUGCUACAGAUCUGCAGGAAUUGGUGCGCUCCUCGUCCUCGUCUUCGCAGCCAAGCCAGGGUCGACUUGCGCAAUGGGCCACUCCAGUCCGGCCCCCUAGAUCUCAUGCGCGCGCAGACUCGCAAGCAAGCGCCAACAGCGUGGAAUACAUUGCGCCGUCGCAAUCUUUCACCGCUUCACGCUACCCACAUCGCAUACCCCUUGGCGCAUUCAGAGCGACAGCGGGCAAGGCUGCGACGUCGCAGUCACACGAUAUCAACGCGCCCUUGCAUAGUCCAGCUUUCAGUCAAAGCAGCGGAGGCAAGUCUCCGUCUUGGGAUGAUACGAGUGGAAGGGGAAGUGCCAACGUCAGCAUUCGCAGUCGGACCUCGCAAGAAAGCGUUCAGCGCUCGCCGGUGUACCGCAACGCGUUUGAACGGACACCAAAGAAGAGCUCUGCGUCAUUGCCGUCGAUUGGGCCCGAAGCUUCCCCGGCACCCACAGAUGCUCUCGCAGCGGCCGGCUGGACGGCUUUUCCAAGCAAUGUCGUAAAGCACGAUCAAGCAAAAGCGCAAUCGUCUAGCUCUUUACCAGGCAACGUGUCGACGGAGGAUCUCGACUUGCUUCUGGAUCAGAGGUCCCCCCUCAGUCCCUCUUCACAUUUGCGCAAACCUUCAAACGAGGACGUCUCGCUGAUGCUCAACGCCGCACGAGUUAGACGUCCUUCGAAGAGCAGCGAUACUGUGCCGUCGAUCAGCGUCCCUUCAGAUGCCGUUUCGGAAUUUGAGCGGGACUUUGAUGCGGACAGCGACGCUCAUGCGACCAUCAAUGGGAACGAUGGCGAUGGAGACGGAGUGAUCCUCUUGCAGCUCGCCCGGAACACGUUUCAGCUCGACGACGAUGCGCGCCUCUCUUUCCCUAGCUCUGCUGUGUCGGAAGUGGACAAUAUGAGCAUCCGGAGUGGGUCUAGCAGCGAUGGCGAAGGAAACAUGGGAGGCGUCCGACUUCGCACUAGCACUAUUCUCGAUGAUAAGGAUGAAGAAGACGAGGUGGAUUACGCGAAAGCUCUGACGAGCCUCUCGGGCAUACAAAUCGACGCCUCUUCCGGUCUCUCCUCAAAAAGCGCAAAUGCCUUGCCAGAGAGCACCCCGACUCCGACGCCCAUGGCUGCAAAUGCUUCCACGAGGUCCUUUGCCGCUCAACAGCGUUCUCCGCAGGACCGCGACUUGACAGCUCCUUUGAAAACUCGCAAAAGCCCCCUCGAGGACUUGCCAGCUGAAGAGGAGAACAGCGGCGACGAGUACGAUGCUGCCGUGAACAAGACGCCAAUGCCUACUUAG